AUGAAGUCCUUUCGCAGCGUUUUUCUCGUCUGCUCAAUUCUGCUCUUUUUCUGUCUGGGUCAUUCAUCUUCGGAUGAUAGCAACAGCAGCAAACUCCAGGAUAGGCAAGGGAAGGAAGCAUAUGCGACUUUGAUAACCACCAAGGAGUACAUACAAGGGGCGAUCGUCCUGUCAAGGAUCGUCAAGUCAACCGACGAGGAGAGACCUUUCAUCGCCCUCGUCCUCGACGAACUUCUCCUCAACCUAGGAGGAAGCGCGAUCAGGCGUACCCUCGAGGACAACGGGAUAGAGGUCGUGCCUGUGCCUCGGGUCAAACGUCCGACAGGGGCAGGAGCCUUGAGUUACCCCAACUAUGCCACCACCUACAGCAAGCUCUUCGUGUGGAACCUGACCGCCUACCGCCUCGUGCUGUACCUUGAUGCUGACCUCCUACCUCUCAGCUCCCUUGCUCCCCUCUUCGAUCGGGAUGUCGACGUGGUCGCAGCUGUCCCUGACAUCAGCCUCCCCGACCACUUCAACUCUGCUCUCGUCCUCCUUCGUCCUAACCUCCUCCACCUGCAGCGGCUCCUUGCGCUGUCUUCCUCCCUCGAGCCCUACGACGGGGGGGACCAGGGGCUGCUGAACGAGUUCUUCAACAACAACUCAGCAUGGUACGAGUCGCACAGCUCCAACCGCCUCGGCCUGGAGCUGAACCUGCCCGUCGUCCUGUCUCGCCUUCACCCUCGCUCGUGGCUACGGACGCUGCCGAGAGCCAAGGUGGAGGAGGAGCAACGGUCCAACCUGCCCUCGUGCUUACUGAGUUCGCAGGUGAUUCACUUCUCCGGUGGGCCCGACAGGAGGCCAUGGGGGAUUGCGGGAGCCGUCGACCCCUCAGUCGCAGCAGCGGCUUUAGUGUGGCAUGCCGUGCUGUGCAAAAGAUGCUUCGACGUGAACGGGACGAGGAGGAGCGGGAGGGCAGGAGGGCGGGGAAGCUGUUUAAGAGCAGACCAGGUUCGGAAGCUGAUUGCGCUGCCUGUGAAUAACGCCAUGGCAGUCAGGUCCAUGGGCCCUGCAGCCUUCAAGGCGAAGGUGAAGGAGAUCCUGCAAGACGAGUGA